GUUUUAUUUAAAAUUCUUAUUAAAUUCUUAUGUAAGGAACUCCAGAUUUAGAUGAACCAGUAAUAGUUAAUGAUAAAUAAUCAUGGGGAAAAUUGAUAUCAAUGAAUGGAAGUAAAGUAAAUUCUUAAGAAUUAUUUGAUGAAGAAGUAAUAAAAAAAUAUUUAUUAAUAGAUUACUAUAGGAAGACUAGAUACAAAUAAAAUUAUAAUUUCUGAAAGUAGAUUAUCUGGACUUCAUUGUAAAAUAAAAUGGGAUUCUACAAAUAAUAUAGCAUAAUUAUUGGAUUUAUCAACUAAUGGAACAUUUAUUGGUGAUUAAAAAAUAGGAAAAAACAAUGAAAUUAUAUUAAAGAAUGGUGAUGAGAUCUUUUUAUUACAUAAAAGCAAAGUUCCUAUAACAGAUAUUAUUGGAUUUACAUUGGUAAUUCAAUAACAGAAAUAAAUUAAAAUGGAGCCAUAAUUAGAUGAAUAACAACAGAAAAAAAUUUAAAUGAUUGAAGAUUUUCAAUAUGAUAUUCAUUGUCCUAUAUGCGAUGAUUUAAUAUAUUAAUGUGUAUCAUUGAUGCCAUGUCUUCAUAAUUUUUGUGGAGCAUGUUUCUCUGAUUGGAUGGCAAAAUAGAAAACUUGUCCUUCAUGUAGAAAUGAUGUUUAAUCUGUUAAUAAAAAUCCAAUGGUCAAUAAUGUUGUUGAAAAAUAUCUUUAGAUGCAUCCUGAGAAAAAAAGACCACCAGAAGAAUAUAAAGAAAUGGAUCAAAAAAAUAAAAUUAAAGGGGAUGCACUAACUUUUAAUUCAACUGAUUAAAUCUCUACUGUUACUAUUCCAUCUAUUACAAAUGAUGCUCCAAAUAGAGGUAGAGGUAGACCAACUAAUACUAUAACAUAAUAGGUCUCUAUUAUCUAAUAAUUAAAUUAAAAGGAAAUAAAUAAAUAGUCUAAUAUAAGUGAUUAUUCAGCAGAAGAAGAUGAUGGUCCUGUUACUAAAGAUUGUGUUACAUGCAUUAGACCUAUUAAUGGAUAUUAAUGUUAAAGAAGAAGUGUUCCACAUUUAAAUUGUAAUAAUUGUUCAUCUAAAAUGCCAAAAUUUGGUAAUUAUUAUAAUUUUAUUAAAUUAGAUUUAAAUGAAAAAAGAUUAGUUUUCAGAUGUGAUUUAUGUGAAAACUUUUUCUGUUCUCUCUAUAAUAAAAAUUGUUUAUAACUUAGUAAGAAAAACCCUAAUGUUAGACUAGAAAGACAUUAAGUACCUAAAAAUGUAGAUGUUCAAAUUUUUAGAUAAAAUCAAUUUGAAUUCUAAGCCUUUCUAGAUUUCAUGAAACUUAAAAAUUUGACUACAUAAGAUAUCUUUUAAUAUAUGUUAGAUAAUCAUAUUAGUAAGGGGGGAUUCAAAUAUCUUGAAAGUAAACGUACUCAUAAUGAUCCAAAAAGAACCAUUGAUAUGAUCAUUCUUAAAGAUACUGUAUUUAUUUCAUAUUAAUCUUUUUUAGCCUAUUUGCUAACAAUGUUUUACUUUAAUUUGGCAAUAGAUUGUAUUUAGAUAUCGUAUAUCAAUCAGAGAUUAAAUGAUUGAUAAAAUUAAAAAUAGAGGUUAAUGUUGGUUUGGCAUUAAUUGUAAAACAAUGGUUCAUAAUCCAGGACAUGCUGAGAAAUUAGAUCAUAUUUGCGAAUAGACUAAAUUUUGAAU